AUGGAUACACAGGAUGGAGCAGAGCUCUGCUUUCCACAACUCUUCAACACCUCCUGCAAGAAGCCUACAACUCUUUUGUCUCAAGUCUUGCUCCCUUACAUUGUGGUGUUCUCAAUCUGUCUGCUCACUGUGGCUCUCAACCUGCUCGUCAUCAUCGCAGUCUCCCACUUCAGGCAGCUCCACACACCCACUAACAUCCUCCUCCUCUCUCUGGCUGUCUCGGACUUUCUUGUUGGUCUGUUGUUGAUGCCUGCAGAAAUCCUACGAGAUACAGCCUGUUGGUUUCUUGGUCAGCUCACAUGUUUUCUGUAUAGUUAUGUAUCCUUCACUGUUACCUCUGCCUCAGUGGGUGUUAUGGUGCUGAUAUCAGUCGACCUCUAUGUGGCUAUUUGUCACCCUCUGCAUUACCCCACCAGAAUCACUGACAAAAGAGUUAAACUCUGUGUCUGUCUGUGUUGGCUCUGCUCUGUUUUCUACAAUAUUCUUCUCAUAAAGCAUGACCUGCUUCAACCAAUCCAACGUAAUUCCUGCUAUGGAGAAUGUAUAUAUGUCACUGACCUCAUUGCAGGGACUACUGAUCUCAUUUUAACCUUUAUUGUUCCAGUUUCUGUCAUCAUAGUUCUGUAUAUGAGAGUGUUUGUAGUGGCCGUGUCUCAGGCCCGGGCCAUGCGCUCUCAUGUUACAGCUGUCACACUGCAGCUCUCAGUGAGUCGAACACCAAAGAAAUCUGAGUUAAAAGCAGCCAGGACUCUUGGUGUUCUUGUUCUUGUGUUUCUGAUAUGUUUCUGCCCUUAUUACUGUGUUUCUCUUUUAGGAGAGGAGUUGGCCAAUAGUGCAACUGCAUCCAUUGUUGUCCAUUUAUUUUUUUUUAACUCCUGUUUAAACCCUGUGAUCUAUGCUAUGUUCUACCCCUGGUUUAGAAAAGCUGUGAAACUAAUUGUCACUCUGCAGAUACUGCAGCCUGGCUCCUGUGAGGUCAGCAUGCUGUAG